GUUAAAAGGUUUAGAUCCAAAUCCAAGAUUUGAAAUUUCUAAAACCCGCCACUCAUUCACACCGCUACCUCCACUCCACCCUCCGCUUGACCAAACUCUCUCUUCCUCUCCUCCUUUCCUUUCCUUUCAAUCUCUCGGGCUAUUUGCUUGUACUUUCAUGGAAACAUCUGCUGCUGAUCCGUCCAUUUACCGAGAACCAGAUCCAACCUGCGGCGGAGGCGGCGGAAACGGAAAUGGCAACGGCGGAAGAACUUUUUACUGCCGGAAGGAGAAAUCUCUCGGAGUCUUAUGCACCAACUUCUUGAACUUGUAUAGUACUCAAGGGCUCGACUCAAUUGGACUAGACGAUGCCUCUUCGAAAUUAGGAGUUGAGCGCCGGCGAAUUUACGAUGUUGUUAACAUAUUGGAGAGUGUUGGCGUGGUGGCUAGAAAACAGAAGAAUCAGUACUCAUGGAGAGGUUUUGCGGCAAUUCCACAUGCUUUGGAGUGCCUCAAGCAAGAGGCAUUGAUGGAGAAUUUCAGUGCUGCAUCUUGUCUGAACUCAGCAAAGGCUCUAAAAGAGAAUGAAGUUGGACCAUCUUCCAAUGUACCAACUGAUGGUCAAGAAAACAAUUCAGCAGCAUCAGUUUCUGCUGGUAAUGAUAACAAAAGAGAAAAAUCAUUAUGGCUUCUCACACAGAAUUUCGUGAAGCUUUUCCUUUGUUCUGAUGAAGAUUUAAUCACACUUGAUACUGCUGCAACAACUUUGCUGGGUGAUGCCCUAAGUUCUACAGCUAUGAGAACAAAAGUAAGACGACUCUAUGACAUUGCCAAUGUUUUGGCUUCCAUGAACCUUAUAGAAAAGACUCAUCACCCUGAAAGCAGGCGACCUGCCUUUAGGUGGGUGGGAUGGAGGGGAAACAAUGUAGCUCUCGACCCUGUGAAAUUCCAGGCCACCAAGAGAACUUUUGGCACUGAGAUUACUAACUUCUCAUCAAAGAAAAACCGGCUGGGCUGUAUCGACCAGAACCAUGUUAUUGCUCCAGUCCUUAAAAUAUCGCAGGAUUCGCAAAACAAAAUUCAUGGAAGCAACCUGAAGCCAAAGACAGAGGAAGGCAAAUCUAAGAGCUUUGUCUUUGGUCCAUUCAGUCCAGCAGUUACUGACAAAGGUGUAAGCUGCACAGGAAACACAAGUAUGACAAAGAUCCAGGACGUGGAGACCCUAGCUUCUACUUGUUAUCCUCAGUACUGCAAUGAAGCUUUAGGCGAGCUAUUUGGUCAUUACGUAGAGGCGUGGAAAUCAUGGUAUGCUGGAGCUUCAAGAAGCAGAAAAGACCCAAGGAGACUCAUGACAGAAGCCUUCCCGUAGAUUCACAACUGAACUCAAUAGAGAUUCACCAUGUCAAGUUUCCUGGUCAGCAGUAGAACGUAUUUUUGAAUAUAUUGCUCUUUCUUUGGAUUGCAUUAACUUGGUGCUCUGCACCAACAGAAAUAGCACUCACUUCAACCCACAGUUUCUAACAGAAAUAGUUCUGAUGAUGCAGUUCUUUUCAUGUUUUAACGUUCAACUUGUUAGAAUGAAGGGCAAGUAAAAGUCAACUGAUUUGUUCAUUCCAAUAGUUUUUUAAGUUAAUUCGUAGGAGGCCCUUGUAUGAAUCUUUAAUUCUUCUUGAAUGUUGAGAGAUUCAUCUAUCUUUUGUUAUUAUGCAUAAACAACAAGAGUCUCGCCGUUUGAGCACAUUGAUGCAUGCUGUUACUCGCAUGAAGUAAUAAUGGAUUGGUUGAUUCUAAACAGCACAUUCCUCAGCACUGUUUCUUCUUUCUGUUGUUGCGUUCUUAUAAGCUCACUUCGCCCUCGUUCAACUAUAAACAGUCUGCAUAAAGAACAUGAUUACUGGUCAAUUGGGCCCAGGCAUCAUAUGCUUAUCCAUGCAACAUAUCCACCCAAAUAUUAUAAAGAGAGACGAAAAUUAACAGGAUAAUAACUAACAGGCAAUUAGAUUUUGUGUUGUGGUUCAGUAGCCAAUAGGGAUUGAUUGGCCAAGAAUUAGUGACACGUAUCGAAAUCAAUAUCAGGGUGUCUCUGUGGUGAUGGUCCAUUUGGAGCUGAACCAAAAGAUGCCAGGAUUGCUGUUAGGCAGGCCCACUCUCUAGAUUGGUUGAAGCCAAGAUUUGGGCCAGCGGUGAUAGGUCCAUUUCUCUUUACGAGCAAUCAGGCUAGGGUUCUAGCGAUUCAUUAGAGUUAGGACGUCAUAUCAUGAUUCACAAUCCUUUGCACAGUCUCUGUUUCCUGUUUCUUAUAGUUGGUGAUGCACACUGUCGCAUUUUUGUAAAUAAUUGUCAUUGUGUGCAUCCAACAAUUGUAAAUUACAGAAUGCGCUAUAUAAUAGUCAAGAACUUUUCACCCUAACGAUAUUAGGAUGACUACCUAACUUAUUUGUGAGGAUAUAGAUGAAAGAUACCGAGUCAAAUAUUUGACACUCUCUUUAAAUUUAAAUUAGUAUUUGACCUUAUAGGCUUCUAUAUAUGGACGGGCAGACCUUGCAAUUGUUUUAGGUAAAACUAAUGGUUUUGCUGCUAAAUCUCUCAGCACCACUUUUCAGGUUCAUUCAUGUGGAUGUCAUUAUGAAAUUAUUAAAGACGGGGAAGAAUGACCUCUAAUCUUAUUGUGAUGCAAUGCAUUUGGCCUCCAAUGGAGAUAAUUGAAUAAUUGAAAUAAAGUUUU